GGGUGGAGGCUUGGUUGGAUUUGAGUGGAAAGCGCGCUCAUCCCGCCGUCUCUCUUAGCGAUGCCGCGCCUUCACCCUCCAUCUCUCCGCUUUCGGUUGCCUCGUCCAGGGCUAUUUCCGUCUCUCGGCGUCGGCAGCGGCGUGCGUCACUGAGCGGCGGCAGUAGCGGCGGCGAGAGAGAACCCCGGGGCAGAGCUGGACUCGACGCCGACUUCGCCGCUGCCCGCUGCGCCGUAGCCAGGGAGCCAGAGUCCCUCCAGCGAUCUCGAACGGCCGGCGAUUGAUAAAGAGACUCGUUUUGGCGUCGUCGUCGUCGUCCUCGCCGCUGUCGUUUACGUUUUUUGUUAUUUACGGUCAAGCACCGUAAUUCUUUAGCGAUCAUUAUUUAUGCGCUGCAAACGAAGUGCAAUUGUUCCCCCCCCCCCACGUACGUCCGUCCCGCGGUAUAUUUAAUGUGCUGUAAUUAUACUCGCGUGCCAUACACGGCGUAUAUUUAGACGUACUGUAUGCUCGGACUAAGUGAGUAAGCGCGGCUGGGUUUGUGCGUUACUGCGAAGGACUCGACUCAGAAGUGUGCCUCUGCACACGAGCGGUCAUAAUAGGAAACAGGCCACGGUCUCGAAAAUAUUGCCGCAGAGACCAAACCGACUGCCCGUCUCUCAGAGCGUGGAAAAGAACCUCCCGCCGCCCACCCGGCUUUUGUUGGAAAAAGUAACCGGCGAGUUGCGCGUCCCGGCGCGGCAUUUUUGAAUUGUCGCCGCUUAAUUUCGGACCGACGUUCGCGAUGUGCGUGGGACGCUUGCGGAGAGGUGAGUCGUGAAACGUCGCUUGUCUUUUUUUGUUUGUGCGUGUGUGAGGUGCGCCGUGUGCGGGCGUUUGUCAUGUGCCCGCCGAUUCUCCAGAACCGAAUGAUCAAUGCGUUCCUUGAAAUGAACUCUUAAUUUAGAAAGACAGACGGGCAGCUUUUGCGCGAGUUUUUUUGUUUUGACAUUUACAGUCAUCUCUUAGUCACGUGCUGUUUUUGGAGCCGAUCCUAUGGAAACUCGACGAUGCUACUACGCUCGCUUGCAUCUAAUCGUAUAAUAAUAAUGAUGAUAACCCAGUGCUGCGGCAGUAAUUCUAAGUCGUGCAGGAAUUUCCCACGUUUUGUAUAACGUUUGAAAUGUUAAGCGUCAAAAUAAAAUAAUGUGGUCUGCAGCUGCCUGCCUGUUGCAGGACAGUGUUACUUUAAGACAAAAUUGAGGAACUAUGAAAAUAGAACAAAAGUAAACUUCCCCUCUCUCUCUCUCUCACACUGUCGAGCGUUUAGUUUAUAAUAAUGCAACCUUCAUCAUUUGGUCCACGUAGUUUUUCAGAUAAUGUACGUGCCGGGGUCCUUAAAAACGUUACCCGAGGUAAUUUGGGCGCUCGGCGAACCUUGCUGUGUUUACCGCGAGCCUCACGGCCGGCUCAUUCCGAGCGCCGACGAUAUAUGCCAGCCCUCGCGUCUUUUGUAAACACAGUUCCCCAUUGCGCAGUCGUUUUAAGUGCCUACCCUUGUUUGCCUUGGUAUCUGGGCGGCUGUUGGCUAUAUUACGUUCGCGCGUGUUACUGCCGUGGACAAUAUCGUAGCGGGAAGGAGCGCCAAAGCCGCAGCCCGCCCGCCCGCCCGCCUACACAACGAGCGGUAAUUGUGCGGGUGAUUACUUUUGCAAAAAUUCCAGGCCCAAAUUUGGCAGCGUCCUUCGAAAUACGGUCCUCCAGCGACGCCGUGUUUACGCCUCAGGCAUGCGAAUUAAAUGUGAAAUAAAAUAUGCGCGCAUGAGGGUUCUCUUUGACAUUAAUGGUCCUGAGCCGUUGUGUUCGGAUCCAGGUUAGCAUUUAAUUUGCCUCGUGAAUUGCACGGAAUUUAGCCGUUCUGGGUUGUCACGUCCAAUCACAUUGGGAGCUGGCAGUGAAUGCUCAGAAAUCCAGACGAGUGAUAUUUGAAUGGAAAUGUUUUAAUUUUUUGGCGGAACGAUGGCCUUUGUGGGAAUGAAUGUCGCCCCGUUGUUUCACUCAGCCAUCGGGCAAUUUUAUUUUACGUUUGAUAAUCUGGCGGCGUGGGCAUAGCGGGCGCUUUUCGGGUGUAAAUACGAGCGAGGAUAAUUGCAUCGCAUCGUCGCAGAUUGAAAAGGGAGUGGGUUUAGAGCAAGGCUAGAUGGCGUUGUCUGCAGAUAAAUGUGGGCGUUUUUAUUCAUGUAUGUGGACCUGUUUAUGCACAUUACAAGCGUACAAAAUAAAUAAAUGUGGACAGUGUAAGUAAGUUUUAACACAAACUGGUGAUACGUGUAAUACGGUAAUCCAGUAAUAUAACUGAAACUAAAUACCACGGCUGUAACAGAUGCGCUUCUUUUUGGCACGGUACACUAUUAGGAAAUCUAAAUGUACGGUUUAUUUUAAUCAUGCAUUGUGAAACCAAACCCCAUUUACAAACAAAUCCAACGAUUAGGAGCACAAACAAAAAUCAGUCUGUUACCUAAUUUUCCAAACACAUUUCUGGCAUUUGGCUAAUUAAAAAAAAAAUCAGCAAAAAACAUUUUGCGUUUCCGCUGCACUUCCGUCCGAUCCCUCACGAGCGCUCUCCUUCCUCCAGUCUAAAGUCCAGGCAGGCGCCCGUCACGCUGGGCGCUCGCUAUCCUAGAUGGACGGAGGCCCCUUGAACCUCCGCCGCUUCACUGCUGCCGCCCCCGAGAGCCAUGGAGGCAUUUUUCAAGCGACACAUCGUGCUGCAGCUGCGACGGGCCUCCCGGCGCAAGCGGAUUCCGCCCGGCGCCGGCUGCAGCAGCCCGAAGGCGAGCUCGCUUGCUGCAGCGGCGGCGGCCUCUCCGCGGGCCGCAGGCCCCUGUCGCAGGACCGCGUUCUGUCCGGGCCCCUCGCCCAACGGAGGCGCUGUAGCCUCUUUGGGUCAGGCGCGCUACGCCAGAGCAGGGCCGCCAAGGCGAAGGGCUCCACGCUUGCUCUCCCGGCUCAUGAAGUCGGGGCAACGCGGCUCGCGGCAGCGCCAGUGCGCUCCAGCACGGCACCGCUCUGGGCCAACCCGCGCUUCCUCGUGCCGUCGCAUGCCUCCGGCGGCCUCAGGAACGAGGCGCGCUGCCAGGGGCCGGAGGGGGCGCAGGCCGACGCCGCCGAGGCCUGCCGGCGUCGGGACGCGAGCAGCAGCGGCAGCAGCGGCAGCGGCAGCAGCGGCAGCUUGUGCGAGAGCGACUGGGACUACGGCUCGGAAAAGGAGUUCCAUUUUGUCCUCAGGACUCGAGCGGACGAGGGGGGAAACGCGCAGGGGGAAACGAUUGGUCACGUAGAGGCCCAUCAAGGGCCGGCGAGUUCCCCGGAGCCAUCCUCAGCGUCUCCAUCCUCAGCGUCUCCCCCGCCUUUGCCGUUUGCGACGAAAUGUGCGCGCAACCCUGGACAAGCAUCGGUGGCGGAGGAAACGGCGUCGGGUUUGAGAGGAAAGCCCAGAUGGAAGUUGGUCCACAAAAAGUCAGGCCGUUGCCUUAGGCGUAAGCCGGCCGUGAAGUCGGCCACCGCCCUUUAUGAGGCACCUCAUGUUGUGCACAGGAAGGCCAUCUCUCGGUCGGGCAUGCAGCACCUGGCCCCCGCGUCGCUGAUCGCCCCGGGGCCCCCCACCUGCCUCCCCUCCACUGCGCCCAAGGACCCCGCGGACAGAGAGGCGCGCAGCAUUGUCGACUGGAACGAGAACGCUUCCAUUGGGGAGCAUCUGUGGUACGACACCAGCGUGUCUGGCGACGUGUGCUACGUGGGAGAGGAGAGCUGCAUGGCGAAGACAGCGAAAUCUCUGCCAAGGAAAAAGUGUGCCGCAUGUAAGAUAGUUGUGCACGUGGCCUGCAUUGAUCAGCUGGCCAAAAUAAAUUUCCGCUGCAAACCCACCUUCCGUGAAGCGGGCUGCAGGAACAUCCGAGAGCCGUCCUUUGUGCGCCACCACUGGGUCCAUCGGAGGAGGCAGGACGGGAAGUGCAAACAGUGCGGAAAGGGUUUCCAACAGAAGUUCGCGUUUCACAGUAAGGAGAUUGUCGCAAUCAGCUGCUCUUGGUGUAAACAAGCGUACCACAACAAGGUGUCCUGCUUCAUGCUGCAGCAGAUCGAGGAGCCGUGCUCGCUGGGAGCGCACGCCGCCGUCAUCGUGCCCCCCACGUGGGUCAUACGCAUGCGGAGGCCGCAGAACUCCUUCAAGUCAUCAACGAAGAAGAAAAAGCGGACUUCCUUCAAGCGAAAGCCCAGCAAGAAAGGCAUGGAUGAGCAGGAAAGCAAGUGGCGACCAUUCAUCAUUAAACCCCUCCCCUCAGCGCUCACGAAGCCCGUGUUGAUUUUCAUCAACCCCAAGAGCGGGGGGAACCAGGGGACGAAGGUCAUGCAGACGUUCAUGUGGUACCUCAACCCCCGGCAAGUCUUCGACCUGUCGAACGGUGGCCCCAGGGACGCGCUUGAAAUGUACAAGAAGGUUCCGAAUCUGCGGAUAUUGGCUUGUGGCGGGGAUGGCACGGUGGGCUGGAUCCUGUCGGUGCUGGACCAGCUGCAGAUGAACCCCCAGCCGCCCGUGGCGGUGCUGCCUCUGGGCACGGGCAACGACCUCGCGCGCACGCUCAACUGGGGCGGGGGCUACACGGACGAGCCGGUCUCCAAGAUCCUGUCGCACGUGGAGGACGGCCUCAUCGUGCAGCUCGACCGCUGGAACCUCGACCUGCAAAGGAACCCCGACGUGGGCCCCGAGGAGUUUGACGACGGCGUCCAGAAGCUUCCCCUGGACGUGUUCAACAACUACUUCAGCCUGGGCUUCGAUGCGCACGUCACUCUGGAGUUCCACGAGUCGCGGGAAGCGAAUCCUGAAAAGUUUAACAGCAGGUUUCGAAAUAAAAUGUUCUACGCUGGUGCUGCCUUCUCUGACUUUCUGCAGAGGAGUUCAAAGGACCUGGCGAAGCACGUCAAGGUCGUGUGUGACGGAAUGGAUUUGACGCCAAAAAUCCAGGAACUCAAGUUUCAGUGCAUCGUUUUUCUCAACAUUCCGAGGUAUUGUGCUGGCACAAUGCCCUGGGGGACGCCCGGCGAGCACCACGACUUUGAACCGCAGAGGCACGACGACGGUUACAUCGAGGUCAUCGGCUUCACCAUGACCUCCCUGGCGGCGCUGCAGGUCGGAGGUCACGGCGAGAGGCUCCACCAGUGCAAGGAGGUGACGCUGACCACCUACAAGAGCAUCCCCAUGCAGGUGGACGGGGAGCCCUGCAGGCUUGCGCCAUCCAUCAUCCACAUCGCGCUGCGUAACAAGGCCAACAUGGUGCAGAAGGCCAAGAGGCGCCCCUCCAUGCCACUCCUCAACGACCAGCAGUCGCUCCCGGAGCAGCUGCGCAUCCGAGUGAGCCGCGUGAGCAUGCAUAACUACGAGGCGCUGUACUACGACAAGGAGAAGCUGCGGGAAGCCUCCGUGCCCUUGGGGGUCAUUGUGGUGCCUGGCGACUGCGACCUCAUGGUGUGUCGGACACACAUUGACCGCCUUCAAGAGGACUUUCCCUUUAUCCCUCCCAGCUUCCAGCGAAGGUUCCAGCAGGAGGGCGAUGGCACCAAUCCCCGGGUGCUGUCUUCCCAGCGUCUCUCGCCCAAGUGGUGUUUCCUCGACUCCACAUCUGCCGAGCGCUUUUUCCGGAUAGACAGAGCGCAGGAGCACCUCCACCUGGUGGUGGACACUUCUGGGGACGAGCUCUUUGUGCUCGACCCGGAGCCGGUGGCAUGUGGCGGCCUCGCAGGGGAGGGGGCGGCUGGCGGAGGUGGCGGCGGUGGCGGCGGCGCGACGGGGGCCGGGCCGGGCAUGCCGGACCUCGUGGAGCCCACGACCGGAGGGCCGGAGGGAGCAGUUGCUGCGGAGGAUGCGGGUGACCGAUUGGAGGGAGCUGCAUCCGCUGGUGACCAAUUGGUGCCCAGGUGCCUCCCGGAGAACUCCUCCCACGUUCAGGCGCCUCCCGUGAUUACAUUCUCUUCUGAAGAUUCGGGUAUCAUGUCCGCCGCGAGGAUAGGCGACUAUGAAAAGUUCCUCAACGCCUACAAGAGUGGCGAGGCCAUGCUGACGACGGACUCGGCCGGCUGGACGGUGUUGCAUCACGCGGCGAGCCUCGGGCACAAGGAUCUGGUCCGGUUCAUCCUGAGCGGUGGCCCGUCAGAGCUGUUGGACAUGGCUGACACGGAAACUGGUGAAACGGCUCUGCACAAGGCGGCUGCCCUCCACCACCGGACAAUCUGCUACUACCUGGUGGAAAAGGGUGCCUCGCUCAUGAAGACAGACUUGCAGGGUAACACGCCGCAGCACAAGGCUCAAGAGGCCGGAGACCCGGAGCUGGCCGCCUACCUGGAGAACAGACAACACUACCAGAUGAUCGUGCGUGAGGACCAGGAGACGGCCGUAUAGCCGGCGGCCGGUGCCGCUCUCGCGAGGACGGACGUUCUCCAUGAUUUUUUUUCCACGAUUGGGCGGGAAAGGAGGCUGACGUUUUAUUCAGAAAACGAGUGUAUGUUACAGAGCGACGACGCGAGCGUUGGGUAUAAUGAGACGCAUGUUAAAGGGGAGCUGAUUUAAAAAAAAACAAAUUUAAAGUUUACAUGUUGCACUCUGCGGUAGAAUGGAAAAUUCACUCUUCGACUCUCCCCCCCUGGAAUCAUAUUUUAAAAUGGUGAUGCAAAGGCUCUGAUGAUGAUAAUAAUAAUGAUGGAUGAUGUGACUAGUUUAUUUUUUAAACGAAGAUUUAAACAAUUUCCUCUUUUUACAGCAGCUUUUAUUGAUGAAAUGUUGUAUUUUUUAUUGCUAUGGCGACGGAAGUGAAAACAAAAAUGACAAGAGCAGCGUAUAGAAUGUCAGUUCUCUUAAAUCUCUCAGCAUUUGUUGACAAAGUUUUGUUACAAUAUUCAGUGGCUUUUUUAAAUUGCUUCGAUAUUUAUGUUUUCCUGGUGUAAAGUUACAUUCGAGUAGGCUAAUUAUGGUGUCAUUAUUUAUAAUAAUAAAGAAUGAAACGAUUAUUUUUUUUUUAGGUGAUAAUUUUUAGAUCGAUUUUACAGUCAUUCUCUACCUUGUGAAGUUACAGGAAGUGCGUUCGCUAUGGUUUCGCACAUCGCCUUUCAGGUAUAGUUGAAGGAUGUAUAAUGUAUUUCUCUUUGCCAUAGCUACUGGUGUACGCUUUGGUGUAAGAACGUUUGGGACCAGAUUUAUCAAAGGUCUCCAUUGUAUAGUGUGUUGCACCCAUGUACAUUUUUAAAGAGUGGAUUCACUUUUUAAAUCUUAGCUUCUCGUCAAUGCACAUCUUCACUCGUUUUCUUUUAGAUGUCUCUACGAUUGAUCCAUGUCAAUUUUUGGUUUGAAAUCAAACGGUAAGUUAUUGUUUUACAUCAGAGAAGGAGAGAGAGGAAGGAAGAAAAAAAACCCCAACACACUUUGAGAGAACUCAUUGUGCAAGGUGAACGUCUCGCUGCCCUGCAGUGGUAGCCAGGAGCAAUGUAAGUCAAACAUUGGGUUUCUGGUGGUAAACUCAUCUGCCCGGAGGAAUCCAGGAGGCGCGCGGCUGGAUGCCCAGGGCAGAAUAACACACGGGAGGGAGGUAGGGGGGGUUCCUUAUUCAUGACAAAAAUAACAUACUCAUUGUGGAGCCCUCUUUUGUGUGAGGGCCAGGGAAAAUGUCUCCACGUCCUCGCCCGCCCGCCGACCCUCUCCUCGAUGGGGCCCCGGUGACAAAGGUGCCGUGGAAGACACUGAAUUCUGUCAAGUCCUCAGGUGCUUUUUUUUUUUGCCGGCUCUUUAAACGCACGCCACACUGGGCCAAAGACCAUUCAUACACCUGGGACGCUUUUCUGGCAAUCUUAGAAGCCAAAUCGUCACCGGCAGUGCACUUACUAAUUAACAACUAUAGCAACUUGGUACUGCAUGGCAGAGAGUGGCAAUGUUUCUGAGUUUAUUUGAGGAGUGUGUUUAGUGAAUAGAAAAAAAAAAUUCGCCUACAGAGCACACAACCUAGGAUUAUCAUGUGACCUCUGUGUGAGAUGUGAUUGGAAGUUGCCCACUGGGGAUCCGCAAUCAGAUUUAUCCAUAAUUGGGCAACUUUUUUUGUUUUACAAUGCGAUGCAGCAAACCAUUGCCAGUGAUGAUUUUGCUGUCAAAUAUUGCCCAUAAAUUGCCUUCGCGUAUUAUCAUUGUUUAGGCUUUAUUCUGACGCUCAAUCUGUGCUGUGGUUAAUUUCAAUUAAUUUCCAAAAGGGCACGGAAGGAGGGUCCUGGUGAUCGUGUUGUGUCCAAAUGUGUGACCUUGAGUACAGCGAGGUGUCGCUGCGAUGGGGCUUAACAUGUGGGAGCCCUUUGCUUUUACUCGGCUUUGGAAAUCCAAGCAGAUGGACGGAGCCCAAUUUUCGUGGACUAGCGUCCAUCACUACCGGCAUUUUAAACAUUGCAGUGACAUGUUUAUUCUCCUUUGUUGUCGUCAUUGCCUUAAGUUGAUUGGUGCAUAUUUAACUGCAUAUAACUAUACACGCUGUCAUUGGUUUUUUUGGGACUUUUCACGCAUAUUUUGGGGUUUGUGUCCUUGGGCGAGUGGUGAGUUAGGCGGUGCACGGGCGUCCACGGCCGAGUAGAAUUCAAGUUUGUAAAAGUAAUUCCAAAAGAAAAAAAAGAGAGCUACAGCUGGGAGGGAGGCAUGCUCCACCCUGCACUCGUGCCAGUAGCACCGUCGUUACCACUCUCCGCAAGGCUUUGUCCCCGCGAUGUCGCCGUCUCGAGAUCGCCGAAUUGAGUCGUCGAGCGAACGAUGAGCGAGCGACGUCGCUCUUCGGCGAGCCCACGGCUUCCCUCCCCCCCCCCCCUCUCGAAUCGACUCUCGGUUCCGUCGGAUUCUCAAUUGAUGUUUUAUUUUUAUUUCAACGCGGAUAAACCUAACGGCAUCACGUAAACAAAAAUGUUAAUUUAGAGCGAGCAGUUUGCGUCGUAGGUGGGACGGGGAUGGGGGGCGAGCGAGCGGGCGGGCGGGCGGGCGUGAGACAAGAGCGGUUUCUAUGAGGUAUUUCGUUGGAUUGUGAAAAGCGACUGGCUUGCGGCGACCAGAGAGAUCGACACCAAAUCCAACGCCAGCUCCGUUGAGUUUGCUAACGUUGCUUCGUCCGCGGGUUAGCGUCGUGUGAACACGUCUGAUUUCUCGUUUACAUUUAGCCUUCGGUUGCACAUCAUUCCCGCUCCUUGUGUUCCGCAUUAACACUCCCGGCUAAAUGAUUGUUGGACUGCAUGCCCGAUCAUUGACGCAAACCACCUAUGGUGGCCUUUCUCUCCACCACCCUCCCCCUAGCGCAAUGACUUUUUUUCUUUUAAACAUCCAUGUUAAGUGUUUUCUUUUUAUUUUAUAUGUGGUGCAAUACGAAAUGAUUGCAGCUCUGUGGGCAGAGAUUAAAUGAUAUGGAGGAAAACAAAAA